GGCUGGGGAGAUAGACAGAUCAACAUCUCUGUUUGGCUAGAUUAUCCGUAGUCUCUGGUUCGACGGGGGGUUGCAUCUGUCACAAAAGCGGAUCAUUUAGUCGGUGAAUUAAUUUGCAUAAUCUGUCUUAAAGUAGAUUAGUAAGAACUUGGCGUCCUCGUUCCAUUCUCCCAAUUUUCGGUGCUGCCGGGGAGUUGUUGAUUUAUUUUUUCCGACGAACACCUCAAGCUUCCGUCUAAUUGCUCUCAAGGAAAGCGAUGGGGCUGAUCGGGAGUUUAAGCAAGGAGCAGCUCAACUUUUUCGACUCCAAUGGGUUUCUGGUUAUCGAAUCAUUCUAUAGCUCUGACGAGGUCCUUGAGAUGAGGAAUCGCAUGGCAGAGCUACUUGACGGUUUCGAUGCACCCUCUUCCUCUUCCAUCUUUUCGACCAAGAACCAGCAGCAGCUUACGGAUGAUUACUUCUUUGAGAGUGCAGAGAAAAUUUCGUUCUUCUUUGAAGAGAAAGCAUUUGGGAAUGAUGGCAAUUUGAGGCAACCAAAGGAGCUCUCCAUUAAUAAAGUUGGACAUGCUUUGCAUGAAAUUGAUCCUAUAUUCAAUAAAUUCUCGAACUCAGAAAAGAUCUCAAGCAUAUUUUGUUCAUUAGGAUACAAGAGACCUGUGGUUAUUCAGUCAAUGUAUAUAUUUAAGCAACCUGGCAUUGGGGGCGAAGUGGUACCACAUCAGGAUAAUUCUUUUCUCUAUACUGAGCCUCCAUCAUGCACAGGGUUGUGGUUGGCAUUAGAAGAUGCAACCAUAAUUAAUGGUUGCCUUUGGGCUAUCCCAGGAUCACACAAGAACGGCCUUGUGCGGAGAUUUAUUAGAGAUGACAAUGGCGUCCACUUUGAUCGUAAUUCGCCAUCCUAUAAUCAAAAGGAGUUUGUGCCGCUUGAAGUAAAAGCGGGCACUUUAGUCGUUAUACAUGGUGACCUUAUACAUCAAAGCUUUGAAAAUAAAUCUCCUACUUCAAGACAUGCAUUGAGCUUGCAUAUUGUGGAUACUGAUGGAUUUGAAUGGGCAAAAGACAAUUGGAUCCGAAGGAAAACUGCUCCAGAACCUCUCUACGUUUCUUGAGUCAAAUUUCCUCAUUAAAACUGAACCUCCAAAUAUCCUAAUUUCUCUGUUCUCUGACUGAAGACUGGCAACUGUAUGAAACGCCAUUUUUCAUGGAGGCGGCGGUUGAUUGUUCAGAAAUCCAGGGUAUGUGGAUAGGUUUGCUCUUAUGGAAAAACAGUAUGAUAAAUCCUCAUUUGCGUAGAUCCGCAUUUCCAUACAUGCUGUUCCCAAUCAACAUAAGCUUUCAUUACUUUGUUCCUGAUAUUUAUUGAAACAUUAUGUUGAUGGGUCAGAACUUGAUGUAUUUGAGUAUUUCUAAAAAUACAAGUAAAUUAUCUCAUAAAGUGGAAACUUCAUAUGCA